AUGUUUUUUACCUGCUCAGCUAUAGCUAAGGUAUGGUUUCUUAGGCCUCUAGCACUCAAAGUUUUAGCAUUGCCUAUUCUCCCAUUUCCAGAGUUAUGGAUUCAUCUUUACAAUCAACUACAUAGUCUGGAUACAUCAGAUAAAGCCAUUUCAUUAUUCAGUUUCAUUAUUUGGCAUAUUUGGAAAGCCAGAAAUGGAUAUGUUUUUGAAAAGAUUUUGAAAAAGCCACAAGAUAUCAGUCUGCAAGCUACUCAGGAGUGGUUGGAAUAUCUUAAUUUUCAUAAGCCAACUCUCAAGAUUUCAGGACAGACUGCAAAUUCAGGAUCUUUGAUGACAAGAUGGAAACCACCACCACAUGGGUUUAUUAAGCUGAAUUAUGAUGCAGCUACUGAUAAAACAUCAAAAUCUGGUUCAAUUAAGGUGGUAGCUACUGAUCAUUUAUGUAACAUUAUAAGCAGAUUUUCAAUAUUUUAUAGACACAUAUGGGAUCCGAGAGUACUAGAGUUUCUAGCAUUACGAGAUGCCAUGUUAUGGGCAAGAUCAAAUCAGUGGGAACGAGUGACUCUGGAGGGAGAUGUCACUGAAGUUACUCAAACUAUCAAUCAUCAUUUGUCAUCUAAUUCUCAGGUUUGGGGAAUUUAUUUGUAUAUUCAGCAUCUUCAAGAUUUAUCUAAGUAUUUAUACACGGAUUAA